UUUACGCCGGAUGCCAAGUUUUCCUCUACAUAUAUCUGAUUUGAUCUUCUCGUCGUGUUUUCGAGUUUGAAGGGACGAAACGUUAAAUCUCUCAAUUAAUUUUCUCGCAGUAAUCAAUCGGUGUCUAAUUUUCUAGGCCUUCUACUUCCUGUUUCUGCAUUCUGUUCUUAGGGUUUUCAGUUAUUGAUGGGUGAGUUGAAAAUGGAGGACAUGCCUCUGCCUGCGCUCUUCGAGCAGGCUCGGGAGAUCCAUCUUAAGGCAACAGAGUCCAGUGCGGAUCAGAAGCUUGUGAGGAAGGGAUGUGAAGCGCUUGAGAAAUGCGAGGAGAUGAUCGGCAAACUGGGUUUAUUCUCAUCCAACGAAACCAAAGAUGAUAUUAGCACCACAAAUCUAAAGUAUCUUUUGGUUCCAUUUUAUCUUGCUGAGUUGACUGAAAAAGUUGCGGAGGGUGAUAGGAUACAACUUCUUAAGGCUUCGCAGGCUAAAUUGAAGGAAUUCCUUUCUCUUUGUGAGGCAAUGGAACUUGUACCUGAGGAGGAGUUGGAAACAUCCAGACAAGGGACAUCAAACUCGUUUGUUGAUCGAAGGGCCCAAAAGAUUGCUCGGUUCAAGCGCCAAAGAGCUGCUGAAUCAAAGCUGCUGGAAAUUAAGGAGCGGAAGGAGAGGCGAGGUCGUUCAACAAAAGCAGCUGCCUUGUCCACACCUGUUGAAACUGGUGAGGAGGAUUUGGUGGAUGAUGAUGAAGAACGGGAGGCUUGGCUGACUACUAUCUCUCUGGCCAUCUGUAAGGCCGUUGAUCUGUUGGACAUGAUAAAGAAAGAGGAAGAAAUGCUGUCUUCUAUUAAGGAUUUGAAACUAAAGGAUGGAGAGAAAGAAUUUUCUAAGGCUGUUCUUGAUGAUCGCGCAAAGAAAGCAGAAGAAUGGCAUCGUGGUGCUGCUGUUCGAGCUCGAUAUACUAAACCAGCACAACCUAUAACGUGUGCAACUUUCGCGCAAGAUGUCCUCGAAGGAAGGGCACAAGUUUCACAGGCACAUGAGCACAGGCAUCAGCCUAUGAUAUUUGGACCAGCAAGCCUUGUGAAUGGACCACUAACUAGCGAGAGGGAAAGGAUGGCUGCACAGGUCUUCCAGCCCAGUCAUAGGUUGCCAACAAUGAGCAUAGAGGAAGCUGGGCUAAGAGAGAUGGAAAUGAUGAAGAAAUGGCAAGAGAGAAAUGCCAAACUUUUUGAAGAAGCCAAUUCUGCAUGGUACAAAGAUAAAAGAGCAGGACCAAGUGAAGAGGAGAAUGGAGAUGAUGGUCUGGCCCAAGAGAAAGCAAGGGCGUGGGAUGAUUGGAAAGAUGACAAUUCUCGAGGUGCAGGCAAUAAGAAGCUCACUCCCUGUGGCUAAACAUGGCAAGUGAUUUAUGGACUCCAGUUAUUUCUGGUUUCAGGUUCAUUCUUCACUAUUUUGCUUCUAGUUACAAAUUUUGUACCAUGGUGUAAACUAUUUGUAUUCUGCAUUACGUUUAUAUAUGCCAUAGGCUUUGUUGAAAUUGGUGCUA